GGACAACUUUACUAUGUUUUCAGUAAUUAAACUGUUAUGAGCAUCGACCACACAGAAAAACCCUCUUUCCUCUCUCGCUACAUCUCCAUCUUUCCACGUUGAUAGAAAUGGCAGAAUUUAAUUCAAAACGAUAAGGGUUUCCAAAUCUUUGUCGAUAAAAACUAAUGUAACAAAGUAGGGUUGUUGUUGGUGUUGUUGUUUCUGCUUCCACAAAAAAAAAAAAAAAAAAAAAGAAAAGAAAAAAAAUGUUCAGCAAGAAUAAUGCAUACAAUUUCUCACUCCCCUCUGCCUCCUCCCAUCCUCGUACCUCCGCGGCGGCCCUUGUCGGCCUGAACGCCAACGACUUCUUGCUCCACCACCACGACAUGCUCUCGGCUCAUCAUCACUUCGCCGCCAAUCAAGAACUUUACGGCCUAAGCGGGGACCAUCCCUUGGCCGCGGCCGCGAAUCCAUGUGGCGGCGCCAAGGCCUCGAAGAAGGACCGGCACAGCAAAAUCGACACGGUGCAAGGGCCGCGGGAUCGGAGGGUUCGGCUCUCGAUCGGAGUUGCUAGAAAGUUCUUCGAUCUUCAAGAAAACCUAGGUUUCGACAAGCCCAGCAAAACCCUUGAUUGGCUCCUCACCAAGUCCAAGGCCGCCAUCCAAGAUCUCGAGGAGAUGAAGGAGAGGGACGCCGCCGCGGCCGCCAAGAGCGGCGGCUCCUCCGAGUGCGAGGUGGACUCCGGCGAGGCCCUCGAGAACGGGGCGGAGAAUCCGAAGCACGCCGCCAACUCGUCAAACAAACUGAAAGCGGCUGCGGCGGCCAAGGAUUCCUCCGCCAAGGAGUCGAGGGUGAAGGCGAGGGCUAGAGCGAGAGAGCGGACGAGAGAGAAAAUGUGCAUCAAGAAGCUGAACGAGACCAGAAAUAUCAACGCCGAUUUCGCCCCCAUCCACUUCAUGAACAACCAGCUCGAUCUUCGCAAGAUCGCGGCCGCUUCCAGCAGCAACAUCAACCUCGGAUUUCGCGAGGCGAUGCAGCUCCAUUGCCACCCCACCUACGAAGCUCAUGCCGCAGCCAAUCAUGAAGACCUAAUUCAAGAAUCCAUUGUGAUCAAAAGGAAAGUCAAGAACCCAUUGGGAUUUCAGCAGAAUCUCUUCAUCUCCAGCUCCAACUAUGGCGUCCCAGCGCCUUACAAUGCCGCCGCUGCCGAGAAUUGGGACAAUAUCUGCGCCAUUUUGGAUCAGCACAAGUUCAUCAAUAGCACUUCAAACAACUAGGGAAUGAAAGAAGAUAAUUUUGGGAGGGUACACUAGCAGUUGAGGUCAGGAUUGUUGAAGCUGUUUUUCACCUUGUGCUUGAGGCAUAUAUGUAAGUUCUGUUACCUUAUUUUUCUUGAAUUUCUCCCAUUGAUGUAAUAUGGUUGUCAGGACUUAAAUUUUAAAAAAACCAAUGUAAUCUACUAUUGCAUUGAUAAAUAUUGUUCUUUUUCUUUUUCUUUGUGGACACAAAAUCUGCGUUGAAUUAAUAUUUGGUGGAUUGUGUUGUGUGUACUAUUCAUCCAUGUUAGUGCACUACACUUUCAAUGAAAAAGAUCAUGCUUUUGGUUAUAUAUA